AUGACGGCUUCUUACCAAUCAUACCACACGGCUGCUCCUCAGGGAUGUAGCUGGCAUCACACGGCCAGAAUCGGGUCCUGCCCUCGGGCUGCAGCGACACUACCUCACAGCUCAGGCCCACCCGGGCAGUCUCCCGGGCCAGGGCCACAACCCACGCCUUGGGCCCCCUGCACGUCAACGGCAUCUUCCUUCUUCACGCCCGCCCUCCCACAGCCCGGCGCAGCGGCCUCCCGCACGCCCCCUGCCCACCUGGCCCCCAGCCACCUUUCCUCACCUGGGCCUGCGGGGGCCGCCCCAACUGCCACGAGGCAACCCCAGCAGCCUCGCCAGUUGGGUCCACUCCGAGCCUGCCGGCAUUCGUCGCUAUCCAAUCCCACCUGCGCCCGCGAGCCUGCGCACUGGAGCUUUGCCCUGCGCCUCGGCCCUCUACCGGUCUUCCAAGGCACUGAUAGCCCAUUGCCGCGAACGCCGCUUUUCACAGGCUGUACAAGAAACAUGGCACCACCACCCGCUUUUGAUGAGGGCCUCAGGAAGCUUCCACUCAUGGCAGAAGACAAAGGAGAGCCAAUGUGUGCAAGACAGAGGAAGAGAGAGAGGUGGGAGGUGCCAGGCUCUUUUCCACAACCAGUUCUCAUGAGAACAAAGAUCCUUGGUCUUGAUCCAGAUACCCAGAUGCCCUCUGAGAUGGACCUUGAGGGCCAUGCCAAUGUCUGCUCUCUGCUGAGCUUCACACCCAGGCCCUCCAGACUCAGUGGCUGUCUGACACCUCUACAGCUGGAGUCCUCCAGCAAUGGACUCCCUGGGCUCAGCAGAUAUUUUGAGCUGGCUAUUUCUUCUGCGAGACGAUCUUGUGUUUUCUCAGGAAUUCCCCUGCAGAAGAUCUCUGAGUACGAACCCAUGCCCAGUGAUGUUGCCUCUGCCCAGCUGCUUACAAGACUGUUCCUUGGCCCCUCCAGGGCUAAUAAUCUGUUUAUGUAAUUUGUGCCAUGAAUAAAGAUACCAGACAAAUGAGUAAGU